AUGGUACAAAGCAGCGCGGCUAUCCACGACGUCUCGAGAGGCCAGUCAGUCGCACGCUCUCUGACAGUCAGAAAGGGCGACUGGGAACAGAAAACGGGGGGACGUAGCAGCAAAGGGCGCACGACGGACGAGAGAAAGGACAAGACGGACGAGAGAAAAGACGGACUUGGCUCGAGUCUCUUGUUGUUAUUGUUGUCGUUGUUACGACCGCGUCACACGGAAGGGCGGGGGGGGGGGCGCUUUUGUCGGCAGACGGGACAGACCCGACAAGGGACGGAACAGCGACCGCCGCGCCGUCAUCGAAUGCGCGACUGCUGCACGGAAUGGUUGGCUGGCGUCGCUUGCUGGGACUGUCGGAGGAGACGGGACGCUGAGACAUGUGCGAUCGAUCGCGGGCUGUGCAUUCGAUAG